AUGGCGGAGUGUGGCACGAGAAUUGGGAUCAGGCACAAUGGGCUGCUUGCAUUGAAAGCCCAUCUGGUUGGAUCGGGCUUCUUAACUGGAAGCUGGGGCACGUGGUAUGCGUGUGAUGAAGAUGAGAAACAUGUUGAUAGGAAGAAAGUGUGA